AUGAGUGAAGUCUUGUGUGAGAAGAAGAUGAGCACUGGGUUGAAAGGGAAAGUGAACAAGUCGGUGAUAAGGCCUGGUAUGAUAUACGGGGCAGAGACAUGGCCAGUCACAGGAGCCCAGGAAAGGAAGAUGGAAGUGGCGGAAAUGAGGAUGCUGAGGUGGAUGUGUGGAUUAACAAGGAAGGACAGGAUUAGAAAUGAAUUUGUUAGAGGAGCUGUGAAAGUGGGACCCAUGGGGAAAAAGAUACAAGAGAGCAGACUAAGGUGGUAUGGAUACUUACAGAGAAAAGGGUUGUCUAGUUCAAUGAUCUUGCUUCCUUCAAGAGGAAUGGGUUGUUGCUUUCAUAUAUGUGAAAUGACAUGCAAUAAUGAACCCAGAACUCAGAUUUCACUUUGA